AUGAUUUUCAUCUGCUCUCUAUCGAGUGUUUCAUCUGAUUGCACGAGUUGUUGUUACCAUAACACUGGCUGUAGUACAGCUUAUAAAGGUGGCCCAGCUCAAUGUUGUGGUUCAGGCUUUGUUAAAUUUUGUUGUUCGACCAGAUCAACUUGUGGUUCCUACCCUUAUUGCAUUAGUUAUUAUUAUUGGGGAAAUCUGACACUUGGUGGACUAAUCGCUGUCAUUGUCGGUAGUAUUUUCGGAUGUAUCUUGUUAACUGCAUUAUGUCACUAUUUGUGCAAAAGACAACAACGACCAACAGGAGCACCUGUAAUAAUUGUACCACGAACAUUUCAGAAUCCUGGUAUCCAUCAAGCACCGCCACCUUAUCCAUAUUCUACUAAAUCAUAA